CCGAGGAUUUAUUACAAGGUCGUCAUUCAUCAUGCCCUCUUCAUGACUCUGAGUAUUUUCAGAAGACUUUUGGAUGUCAUGAUACAACUAAAAGGACUUUUAAUGGGACCAGUUCACAGCUGCUCUGAAAGUGGAGUGAGAUGCUUAGUGAGAUGUUCGUUUUAUGAUGUGCCGCGCUAACUACACCCAAAUGGCUGGAUUUCACCACAUCGCACCAUUCCAUUUCCGUCUGCCGUCUGCACUGAAGCUUAUUGCAUCUCCCCGACGCAACUGGUUUUUGCUGCACUUUCCCAGCCUGCUGUGUACUGGGAACGGCUGCAAACACGGAGAAUGAACGAGGCUACAGCUUGCACGCCGCGAGAUGACCUGCAUGGUUGUUUGAGCAGCCACAAGAUGAUGUGAGAGGCUGUCUAAAGAAGGCUGGCUGCGCCUACAUCAUCUCUCCGUUCCUGGUAUUCACCGUUCACCGCAGUGUAAACAUCUGAUGAAGAUAUCUUAGCAGAGUUCAUCACCAGACUCCAGAGAGAGAGCAACACGAGAGAAAUUUGAGCCUCUUGCUUUUGCCUGGCAUUGGUAGGCAGCGCCCCGCCACAGCAGGCACCAACGAUGUUUCUUUCAAGAAGGCCGAUGAAAGAAGCCACUUGGUGGACCGUGCGCACUACUUUCUCCACAAGAGGCACCCAGUGUCCCUUAACCUUCCUGCCUGUCGACCUUACCUUCUCCUUCACUCCCCAGAUCCGUUUGCUCUCCUAUUCACUUUCCCACAAACCUAUUGAAGUUUGCGAUACGAACUCUCGACAAACCAAACCAUACAGAUAAGCAACAAAAUGGCCGAUUCUUCCAGCACCACCAAGAUCGUGCUCGAGUCCAACGAGGGCGCCAGGAUCGAUGUUGAGCGCAUCGUCGCCGAACGGUCGGUUCUCAUCAAGAACUUGAUUGACGAUCUCGGAGAGGAGGCUGUUUUGGCUGAGCCGAUCCCCAUCCCAAAUGUCAAUACUGCCGUGCUCAAAAAGGUCAUCGACUGGUGCAAGUACCACAAGAAUGACGCUGCUCAAUCCGCAGACGAUGACAACGAUAAUCGCAAGAAGACCACCGACAUCGACGAGUGGGACCAGAAGUUCAUGCAGGUGGACCAAGAGAUGUUGUUCGAGAUCAUUUUGGCUGCCAACUAUCUCGACAUUAAGCAACUCCUGGACGUUGGUUGCAAGACUGUCGCCAACAUGAUUAAAGGCAAGUCGCCAGAAGAGAUCCGCAAGACAUUCAACAUUACAAAUGACUUCACCCCCGAGGAAGAGGAACAAAUCCGCCGCGAGAACGAGUGGGCUGAGGAUCGUUAAUCGGAAACGAGCGACGCUUUGGCCAUCAAGCCAUGACAGCGAAGAUGGAGGCCCCAAUCAUCAUGAUCACGAGUACGCCUCUGACUGGGUUUCUAUAGCGGCAGUGGUGAAUGGCAUACUGGUCUGUUUUAAAUCGUUGGGCCUGAGUUUAUUUAUCAAUUAGCAUUGAUUCUGGCGUUACGGACUUUUUUUCCUUUGACGUAACAACUUUUAAAACCAA